AUGUCCCUGGGUUUUGUCCACCUGGUGUCGCUAUUUUCUUCAAGUGAAGCCAAGGUAUUGACGAAUAUUGUCAAGGAUGUCCUUUACAUGGUAGAUCUGGACGGAGGCCUCAUUCCGGGCGACACGAGUUCAUUGACGAACAAUUAUCUCGUGCAACUCGACCUAUCCUCGUCUUUCUCAACUGAUGAUGUCUCAAAAAUUAAAAUGAGCUUAGUCGACAGUAAGGUCCCGAAAAUCAAGGGUGGGAAUUCCCUGAACGUCACAUCCGUUGACCAGGGUCUGUGGACAUACACUAUCGCCGAUGGUUCAUGGAAAUUGCAGCAGACAAGUAUCCAGCCAGUGCGACUACAAGGAGGUGCGUACGCCAAUGCGCCCGAGGUCCAAGCUGUAUAUUGGGUAAGUGGGUUUCAAAACAGCGACAUAACGCCCGCCAUCACCGAUAACACGGUAAGCUAUGCGACGGGGAUGAUUCAGUGCAACACAACAACCGGAACCUUGACUCAAUUGGAUGCUCCGUUUACCCCCGUGCAGCAGGGUACACUGCUAUAUCUUCCAGUGGGAGAAAAGGGGGUCUUAGUGUUUGUGGGAGGCGAAGUUCCGUCUAUCAAGGAUGGGAUCAAUGCAACCUUAACUCCAAACCAAUGGAAUUAUGCAUGGGUCUAUGAUAUUGCCGGGAACAGGUGGUAUAAUCAAACUACUACCGGCAGCGUGGCAUCACGAACCCAGUUCUGCGCAGUUGUCGAACAAGAUCUCUCGACGUCAUCGUACCAGAUUUAUGUGAUUGGAGGAGCGGACUACAAGUCGGAGGAGUCGCUCGCAGACGUAUCCUAUCUAUCGAUCCCAUCUUUCAAAUGGUUUCAAGCCGGGCCUCUCAACAAACCUCGCAUGACCCAUGUAUGUCAAGCAUAUGGACGGCAAAUAUUCGGUGUAGGAGGCCGACUCGCGUGGGCAGACGACUCCGGUGGAGGGUGCUAUGAUAUGCCGGCCUUUAUAUAUGAUGCUCAAUCCGAGGUCAUCCGGACCCAAUUCGACCCUAGACUGUCGGCGUAUUCAGUCCCCUCUGCAACAGCCAAUGACAUCAAAUCCACGCCCUAUCCAUCAACAUGGGCUGACGCAGCUCUGGAAUCACUUUUUGUGCAGAAAACCCACAAUUCUACCAACUCAACGGAUGCGCAAUCCGACCCAUCAAGUGGCGCUAGUAAUUCAUCGACUGACAUCGGGGCGAUAGUCGGUGGUGUAGUAGGGGGCGUUGCCGGCGUAGCUAUCAUCUUGGCAAUAAUCUUCUUCAUCCUGAAAAAGCGACGGCGAGAUAAUCGGAAUCAACUGCUGGCGGAAAAGUGGUCCGACAAUGCACCGGUGGUGAGGGACCGCGUGGGAGGUGAACUGCCAGCUGAACACCCGCGGCGGGAGUUAGAAGCAGGUAGCAAUGCGCGCAGUGAAUUGCGAGGGUCUACAAGAUCUGUUUACGAACUAGAUGGAGGCCAAAGAUUGGGUGAGUAG